UGCGCAGACCGUGAUGCUGCGCUGUCAAAUCACAUCGCACGGAGGGGCGGAGAGAUUCUUUUCUGUCCUGUUUGUGCGCAUGAGCAACAUAUUAUUGCCUUCAUUGAUAAAAAUCCUUUGUGUUAACAUUUCCUCAUCUAAUCCUGUCACUGUUGCUUUCGGCCGCAUUUCAUCAAUCCUUACGACAUCUUAAAAUUGACAAUGGCAUCACGUGCUGGCCCAAGAGCUGCAGGGACUGACGGGAGUGAUUUUAAACACAGAGAGAAAGUGGCAUCUCACUAUCAGAUGAGUGCUUCAUUGAAAUCAGAGAUAAAGAAGCUCACCGUAGUGCAUUUCUUCAUAUGGAUACUGGUGGCGGCUCAGGUGGCUGUUAGUCACCUCAAUCUGGUGUCACAUGACUUGGUGGCCAUGCCCUAUCAGUGGGAGUACCCCUACCUUUUGAGUCUCCUGCCCUCGUUUAUUGGAGCCCUGGCCAUGCCGAAAAACAACAUCAGCUACCUGGUGAUCUCCAUGAUCAGUGCUGGUUUGUUCUCUGUGGCACCCUUGAUUUUUGGUGCAAUGGAAAUGUUUCCACUGGCCCAGCAGCUGUACAGACACGGGAAGGCCUACCGGUUUAUCUUUGGCUUCUCGGCGGUCUCUGUGAUGUAUCUACUCAUGGUGAUUGCUAUUCAGGUGCACGCAUGGCAAAUCUACUACAGCAAGAAGCUUCUAGACGCCUGGUUCAACUCAACACAAGAGAAGAAGAAGAAAUAAAAACACUAUUGUGCUUUAAUUUAUCCACAGUCUUUUCUGUCAGUUGUUACUGUACAAUGCAUGCAAUUAUUUUUAAUGUUUAAUAUAUAUUUGUAAGCCAACAAAGCUUACUUAAUAUUAUCUGCAUUUUACAUUUAUUCACAUAUAUUUACAUUGUUUACUUUGCAAUAUAAAUGUUGUUAUAACAUGUUAUUUAAAAUGUAGAAUUCUGUUUAAUUAAAAAUUGUUUCUUCAGGAGAUCUAGAUCUAUGUCCAAGAAUACAGAGCAAUUCACAUCAUUUUUAAUACUUUAUAAAUAAAAUAUUUCUUUAAA